UUAUUGGAAAUUUGAGCCGGCGGGGGAGGUCUGAUUUAGACGACGGUGGUUGGUGAGAUUAGAAAGGCAAAAGUUCAGGUUUUGGAUACUGAUAGAUAGACAGGCCGAGUGACACAGAGCUGGGUGGCAGCAACAGAGAGAGAGAGAGAUGUCGAUUACUCUGCAACUUCGUCUUCUUCCCAAUCCCACCAGCACCAACCAUUCUUCUGCAACUGCCACUGCUACCCACUCCGCAUUCCUCUCUCUGCCUUCCAAUCUCUCCUUUGCUGCUUCUUCCUCUCUCUCCAACUCUUCCACCCUUGCCUUCCUCCCAGGUCACAAACUCAAUUCCCUCCAGAAGCCCAGAUUUGCCGCCUCCCCCAUCAGAUGCUCCGCUGCCCAGGAAAAUGGCUCUGGAGCUGUGAAAGAGCGGAGUGUUUCAGUGGUUCUAUUAGCUGGAGGACAGGGGAAAAGAAUGGGUAAUAGGCGAGCAUGCCAAAGCAGUAUCUUCCACUUCUCGGCCAACCAAUUGCUCUCUACAGUUUCUUCACUUUCUCGAAGAUGAUUGAAGUAAAGGAAAUCGUUGUGGUCUGUGAUCCUUCCUACAGGGACGUCUUUGAAGAUGCCACAGAAGGGAUCAACAUUGACCUUAAAUUUGCACUGCCUGGUAAGGAAAGGCAGGAUUCUGUGUACAGUGGUCUUCAGGAGAUAGACCUUAGCUCUGAGCUUGUUUGCAUCCAUGACUCUGCACGACCUCUGGUGCUGGCAGCUGAUGUGAGAAAGGUCAUUAAGGAUGCAUCAGUGAAUGGAGCAGCAGUGCUCGGUGUUCCUCUUAAAGCCACCAUAAAAGAGGCAGAUGGUAAGUCAUUUGUAGUGCGAACUCUUGACCGCAAAACACUAUGGGAGAUGCAAACCCCACAGGUGAUCAAGCCAGAAGUGCUUAGGGAGGGCUUCGAGCUAGUCAAUAGGGAAGGCCUAGAGGUGACUGACGAUGUUUCGAUUGUAGAACAUCUAAAACAUCCUGUUUUCAUCACUGAAGGAUCAUACACUAACAUCAAGGUUACAACACCAGAUGAUAUGCUGCUUGCCGAGAGAAUUCUGAACAUGAAUUGAGCUUUUAGGUUGAGAAGUCAUGAGUUUUUCAAAUGAUUGUUUGCCUACUGUUCUUUUGAGGCCUAACUAUGAAAGGAAAACCAAAUACUCUGGAUUUAAUGCAACGGCAAUAAUACACAGGAUGCAAUCCAUCAUCAAACUUGAACUAUCCAAAUGGAAACAAGCCAGAAUGAAGACCAAAUCUACAACCUUGAUU